AAAAUGGUGAGGCCACAGAGAAGCUUGUGAUUGCUUUGCUCAGGAUCACUUGGCAGUUAUGGCCCUUUCCUUCUGUGGGAAUGACAACUUUUCAGCCUACGAUGUCGCAGAUGGUGUUUUAAACAACGGCUGUUUCGUGGAUGCUCUGAAUCUGGUCCCUCAUGUCUUUCUGCUCUUUAUCACCUUCCCGAUACUAUUCAUUGGAUGGGGGAGCCAGAGCUCAAAGGUUCAGAUUCAUCACAACACUUGGUUGCAUUUCCCUGGGCACAGUUUACGAUGGAUUCUCACGUUUGUGCUUCUCUUCGUGCUUGUCUGUGAAAUUGCGGAAGGAAUGGUUUCAGAUAAAAAAAUGAUUACUCGACACCUCCAUCUAUUUAUGCCUUCGUUUAUGGGAUUUAUAGCUGCAACUACAUCGAUAGUCUACUAUCAUAAUAUAGAAACCUCCAAUUUUCCAAAGUUACUAUUAGCUCUCUUUAUCUAUUGGAUCCUCGCUUUUAUCACCAAAACUAUCAAGCUGGUGAAGUAUUGUGAUCACGGUGUGGGCCUUUCUCAGCUACGGUUCUGUAUAACAGUAAUGCUGGUCAUCCUUUAUGGAUCGCUGAUGGCGGUGGAGGUCAAUGUAAUCAUAGUGAGGAAAUACGUUUUCUUUGGAAUCCCCAAGAAGGUAAAACCUCCCGAGGACCUGCAAGAUCUCGGUGUCCGAUUCCUGCAACCGUUUGUCAAUUUACUAUCGAAGGCAACGUACUGGUGGCUGAACACCCUCAUCAUUUCAGCACAGAAGAGGCCAAUAGACCUGAAAAUCAUUGGCAAGCUUCCCAUCGCCAUGAGAGCUCUCACAAAUUAUGUCUGUUUGAAAGACGCUUAUGAAGAGCAAAAGAAAAAGGUGUACAAUCUAGAGGGAUAUCCUCCAUCAAUAUGGCAUUCGAUAUACAGGGCUUACGGUCGCCCAAUCUUUCUUAGCAGCACAUUCCGCUAUCUGGCCGACCUCUUAGGCUUUGCUGGACCACUCUGCAUCUUUAAAAUCGUCGAUCACCUUAGCAAGUUAGGUCAACCCAAUGCCACGGAUAAUAGCACUGCCACCUCGGGGAACCAUACAGACACAGCAACGUUUUUGGGCGUUUAUUUCCUGUCAUCGAAGGAAUUUCUGGAGAACCAAUAUGUUUUGGCAGUUCUGCUCUUCCUUGCACUCAUACUGCAGAGAACCUUUUUACAAGCCUCCUACUACGUUGCUAUAGAGACGGGCAUCAAUUUACGUGGAGCCUUACUGGCUAUGAUCUACAACAAGAUCCUUCGUCUGUCCACAUCCAACAUGUCCAUGGGGGAGAUGACCUUGGGGCAAAUCAACAAUCUCGUUGCAAUAGAAACCAACCAGUUGAUGUGGUUUUUGUUCUUAUGUCCGAAUCUGUGGGCCAUGCCAGUGCAGAUUAUCAUGGGAGUUAUCCUGCUCUAUUACAUGCUCGGAAACAGUGCUCUAAUUGGCGCCUUUGUCAUCCUGAUGCUCGCUCCACUCCAAUACUUCAUAGCAACCAAGCUUGCCGAUGCACAGAAGAACACCUUGGACUACUCCACAGAAAGACUGAAGAACACCAGCGAGAUCUUGAAAGGCAUCAAACUUUUGAAACUUUACGCCUGGGAACACAUUUUCUGCAACAACGUGGAAAAAACCAGAAUGAAGGAAUUAACCAGCCUCAAGACCUUUGCCCUAUACACGUCCUUAUCCAUUUUUAUGAAUACAGCCAUCCCGAUUGCAGCUGUUCUCAUGACCUUUAUGGCUUAUACUCACAACAAGUCGUCGAGCCUGUCUCCAGCUGUGGCCUUCGCCUCCCUCUCCCUGUUCAACAUCCUGGUGACUCCACUCUUUCUGCUGUCCACUGUGGUCAGGUUUGCUGUGAAAGCAAGGGUCAGUGAGCAGAAGUUGAGGGAGUUUCUCCUGAGCGACGAGAUAUCUGACGGUUUUCGAGGUGACACUUCUGUGAAUUUGGAGACGUGCAAAAAACAUUUAGGAAUUCACACGAAAGCCAUAAACAGAAGACAGCCCUUGAGAGUCCAGCUGGAAGGUCAUGAUCAGCCACUAAGGAGGCACUUUCAGUCCUUUGAGACAGACGAUGUGUCAGUCAAGGUUACUAACGGAUCCUUCUCCUGGGGAAGUGGGAUGGCAACAGUUACUGACAUCAACAUCAGGAUACCAACAGGAGAAUUGACAAUGAUUGUAGGACAGGUGGGAUGUGGAAAAUCUUCCCUUCUCCUUGCUACCCUCGGAGAGAUGCAAAACAUUUCUGGGAAGGUUUACUGGAGCAAUUCUAGACAGCCUGAGAAUGAGUUGAACCAAGAAGCAAGUUGGAGAAAUCGAAACUCAGUGGCUUAUUCUGCUCAGAAGCCUUGGCUACUGAACGCCACACUGGAAGAAAACAUUACCUUCGGAAGCCCCUUCAUAAAACAAAGGUACAAUGCUGUCAUUGAAGCCUGCUCUCUUCAGCCCGAUAUUGACCUGUUACCAUUUGGAGACCAAACCGAGAUAGGAGAGAGGGGGAUUAAUCUGAGUGGAGGUCAGAGGCAAAGAAUCUGUGUAGCGCGAGCAUUAUAUCAAAAUACAAGUAUUGUGUUCUUGGAUGAUCCAUUCUCUGCAUUGGAUAUUCAUCUCAGUGACCACCUAAUGCAGGAAGGAAUCCUCAAGUUUCUUCGUGAAGACAAGAGAACAAUUGUUUUGGUGACACACAAGCUGCAGUAUCUAACACACGCCGACUGGAUAAUUGCUAUGAAAGAUGGGACAAUCAUCAGGGAAGGCACCCUAAAGGACAUCCAGAAUCAUGAUGUGGAGCUGUAUCAACACUGGAAAACACUGAUGAAUAGACAGGAUCAGGAAUUGGAAAAAGACACUGAAGGUGAAAGCCAAACGACUCUGGAGAGGAAGAAUUUGCGGAGAGCCAUGUAUUCCCGUGAAGCAAAAGCGCAAAUGGAUGAUGAGGAUGAAGAGGAAGACUUAGAAGAGGACGAUGAAGAUAACAUGUCUUCGGUAAUGAGACUUCGGACCAAAAUGCCUUGGCGAGCGUGCUGGAGAUAUCUGACAUCUGGAGGGUUCCUCUUACUCUUUCUGAUGAUCAUUUCCAAGUUAUUGAAGCACUCUGUUAUGGUGGCUAUUGACUAUUGGCUGGCAAAGUGGACGCCGGGUUACAUUAACCAGUCAAUAUCAGGAACUAAUGGCCCAGUAGCUGAAGAGGAUGGGACAUUUGACCACGGCUACUGCAAACUGUGGUUUAGCAUUCUGUGCAGUGUUGGCAUUGCUUUAUGUCUCAUCACCUCCCUGACUGUGGAAUGGAUGGGACUCACAGCAGCCAAGAAUCUUCACCGUAAUCUCCUCAACAAGAUAAUUUUAUCACCAUUGAGAUUCUUUGAGUCAACCCCUCUGGGCCAAAUCCUCAAUCGGUUUUCUGCUGACACCAACAUAAUUGAUCAGCAUAUCCCCCCAACACUGGAAUCCCUGACCAGAUCAACCCUUCUCUGUCUGUCAGCAAUUGGCGUGAUCUCAUAUGUCACACCCGUUUUCCUCAUAGCAAUGGUACCUUUUGGUAUAGCUUUUUACUUCAUCCAGAAAUACUUCCGGGUUGCUUCCAGGGACCUCCAGGAGCUGGAUGACAGUACACAGCUACCUCUCCUCUGCCACUUCUCAGAAACUGCAGAAGGCCUUACAACCAUCCGAGCUUUCCAGCAUGAAGCCAGGUUUAAACAGCGAAUGCUGGAGCUCACAGAUGCCAAUAACAUUGCCUACUUGUUUCUCUCAGCUGCCAACAGAUGGUUGGAGGUUAGAACGGAUUAUCUUGGUGCGUGUAUUGUACUCACUGCUGCUGUGGCCUCCAUAUUCUGCGCCUCAUACACCAAACUUUCAUCAAGCUUAGUGGGACUCGGACUUACCUAUGCAUUAACAGUUUGUAACUACCUUAACUGGGUGGUGAGAAAUCUCGCUGACCUGGAGGUGCAGAUGGGAGCUGUGAAAAAAGUCAACAGUUUCCUGAACAUUGAGAGUGAGAAUUAUGAAGGAACCAUUGACCCAGCUCAGGUUCCUGAGGACUGGCCACAGCAAGGCGAGAUAAAGAUUCAAGACCUCUGCGUUCGCUACGACUCCUCUCUCAAACCUGUCCUCAAACAUGUCAAAGCCUUCAUCACACCUGGACAAAAGGUUGGGAUCUGUGGCCGCACAGGCAGCGGAAAAUCUUCUCUGUCUCUGGCUUUCUUCAGGAUGGUAGAUAUAUUUGAAGGCAAGAUAGUCAUUGACGGCAUAGACAUUUCCAAGCUCCCUCUUCAUACUCUUCGCUCCAGACUUUCCAUUAUUCUACAAGACCCUGUUCUAUUCAGCGGAUCUAUUCGCUUCAACUUGGAUCCAGGGUGCAAGUGCACUGAUGACAGGCUCUGGGAAGCAUUAGAAAUAGCACAGCUAAAGAACAUAGUGAAAUUAUUGCCAGGAGGAUUAAAUGCCAAUGUGACUGAAGGUGGAGAGAACUUUAGUGUGGGACAGCGGCAGCUAUUCUGCUUGGCUCGGGCUUUUGUUCGCAAGAGCAGCAUUCUGAUCAUGGAUGAAGCCACAGCCUCCAUUGACAUGGCUACAGAAAACAUUCUGCAGAAAGUAGUGAUGACAGCUUUUGCAGAUCGUACCGUAGUGAUUAUUGCUCACCGAGUUCACACGAUACUGACUGCAGACCUGGUCAUUGUGAUGAAACGAGGCAACAUUUUAGAGUAUGAUAAACCAGAAAGUCUUCUUGCCCACGAGGACAGUAUCUUCGCAUCAUUUGUCAGGGCAGAUAUGUAACUCUUUCUGAGAUGUCAUUUUGCAUUGAAAUGUUUGACAUUUUUUUUUACCACAAACGCACUAUUUUUGCAACAUUUAUAAGAGUCUGCACACUCUCUUUCCGAAUAAAGUUUUAACUGUUGUCUUAAUAUUUAAACUGUUUGAGCAAUAAGUACAAUUACAGAACAUUUACAUAUAUCCAUCCCAAAUAAUUGACCACAUGAUUUAUGAAACUAAAUUCCGCAAUACGAGAAUAUUUGCCAAGAAGAUUUAUGAGGUGUACUGUGAAAAAUACAUUGAUCUAUUGUUGAAAACUAUAAUAUCGCUAUUGAAAUGCUAGAUGCAUUGCAAUGAAGCACAGAUGGUAUGCAAUGCAUAAGGUAGGAUAGUUGCAUAUAAUCAGAUUUGCACAAAAGAAAGUUGCUUAUUAAUGUAAAAGAAUUAGCACAGAAAAAUCUUCCAGCCUAUCAUUAUUGCACACAAAUGAAUUCACUGCAUGCAAUAUAUUUAAGUAAAUUAAUAAUACUUUAUAUGUUCAAUGCAAUUUGCCAUUCUUCUAUCAGUGAGCUACCAAUAAAUAAAGUAUAGUUCCUCACUGGGCCCGUUGUAGUUCUCUCUAGUUUUCUUAUUAAAUCCACACAUUUUAAAAGGCAGCCAAGUGGAAAUAAGUGAUAUCUUUUUGCAUUCUUAGCGCAUGAAAAGAUAUAAAAGGUGCACGUAGAAAUUAAAUGCUUAAACCACAUCAUUGAUGCAAUAUUUUAUCAGUAAAAUUGUUAAGAAACUGCACAAUAUUGAAACCAGCCACGCUGAGUGUUUUUAAGUACAUCGUUAACAUGUCACUUGUCACUUUCCCUCUGAAAACACAAGCUAACCAGUAUCCUCACUGUAUUUCAUAUGCCUUUGUUUUUCUAGCAUGAUUUAAAGAAAAAUUUAAGAAAACAUUGAAAGAAACCAAAGCCAGAUGUGUAUUUAAAAAUGAGCGCUACAAAUAGACGAUACGUUAAUAUUUGCAGCGUAGAAAAACAUUGAUAUGGUUUCAUCCACGUUUAAUGCCUAACCAAAUCAAUUUUAAUAACGAUUAGAAGAGAUCAUUGUAUGCAAGAGAUUAUAUAUACACUGAUGGAGAAAAUGGGAAAAUUUGAAGCUCCAAAUUCCACCGAGUCCUAGUCCAAAAAACUCGUUUUGUCUUAAAAUUUGAGAGCGCAGAAUUGUGGAAAAAUUCUCAAUUUACUCUUCAUGUGGCAGAUAUAUUUCUGAAAACGGAACCAACUUUUAAAUUAAGAUGGAAUUUAAAAAUCUGUUCGCUCUUAAUUUUUUAACAGGGUAAGACGAGGUGGGAUUUUAUGUCGAUAUGCAGUAUGUCGAUAGUGCAGUACUAAAUCAAUUGACGGAUCUAUGCAAGAAUUACUCAAUGAAAUAGUAAUUGAUAUUGAUUAAAAUAUGGUGCUUUCUAUCACAUUGGUCAUAGAGGACUGUGUACACCAGUAUGUAAUGAACCUCAUGCGUCAGUUCCGAUUAUGAAACAGCAAUAUUUGUAUUCUUUAUCUGCUUUUACACUGUUAAAACAAUAAAAUAAGCGUUCUGCUUGA